UUAUAAUGUAAAGGGCAAAAUUGAUAAUAAUUUCAAUAUGCUAUCAAUUGUUCGCAGAUAAUGAAUAUCGGCAAUAAACUAUAUCUAAAAGACAUUGAACAUAUUGCUGAUGAUUCACAUAUCAAACUACGGGUGUUAAAGAUUUGGAAUUUUAUAAAAAAUAACCACGUUUUAUCGAUUGAAAUGAUCGUCAUGGACGAGGAGGGUACAAAAUACCAAUCUCGUGUUUUCCACCAAAAUUUUUCAAGAUUUCGUGACCUUUUAAAGGAAGGUGAAAGUUAUAUCAUUUUAAAACCAAACUUGGCGGGUGUUAAAAAUGGUUUUAGUGUUACCGGUCAGAAACAGACAUUAACUUUGGAUUGGAAAAGUAUCAUAAAAAAAUUUGAUGAUUUUUCGGGUCCCGUUAAUGGUUUUGUGUUUGUUGAUUUCAACUCUAUCAUCGAACAGAAAUGCCCAAGAGACACAUUAUUUGGAAUUAGUCAAGCCCAAAGUCAUUUUGAUGUAACCAAAAUGUUCAUUAAUUCAGACAUUGUUGAAAUUAAUGAGUUUAAGAAAGAAUUGAAGGCUAAUAACAAAGGAGAUAUGUCUGAAAAAAGCAUUACUACACUCCCAAGCUACUCCACCUUUUAUAUAGAUGAUUUUAAAGGUGAUUUCCCUUUAAAAACUGUAUGUGAGAUCACAGAACCACUUAAGGAAAUGAAAUUUCUAUUAGCUGGUUCCAUCGUCAAUAUAAAGACAGAAUCUACCUUGGCUGGUGAAAGUUUGGAACUAUAUCCAAAUCAUAUGAACGUCUUGAAAAACCGCAAAUUUGUGUUUCUUGUAGAUGUUACAUCCUACAAUGUCACCAACUAUAACAAUAUCUACACCGUUGUCAAACUUACAGAAGAUGAGUCUGUUGUUUUAGAAUUGGAAAGUAAACGAGAACUUAUGGUAAAUAAUGUUUUAAUAGUGUCCUUAAAUAAAGUACCCAUGGAAUCAGAUGAGGUCAUUCAAAAUGUUCAAAAGGAUGUCAUAUCACAAACGGAUGAGAAUUUUACUCCCUCAACAAUUGAUAAAUCAUCUGCAACAAGUCCAUUGAAAAUAUCAGGUGAUUUGAAGCGCAACCUCCAUGAUAUUUAUGAUGUUGAUGGUGGAGAAGAUGAUGGUGAUGCAAAUUCUAUAAAAUCAAAUACGGAAUCUUUUGGUGAAGAUACUCCAGUUUGGGUGCCAAAAGUGGAGAACUGA